AUGGCGUUGCCAACAACACAGGUCGGUGCACAAACCGUUGCUGCUCUUCCGACGCAGGUUGCAGGAUCGGUGGCGCCGGGUGUGCAGACAGCUCCAGCCAUCCAGUACGGAACACCUGCUCCGAUCGUGUAUCAAACAGCCAGCAUGCCGACCACUAGCAUGCCCACCACGUAUACCGGCGUCGGUGUUCCGCUUGCCUCGCUCCCCACAUCAACUUGGAUCCAGCCGACAAUGCCGACGGGUACACAGAUGCCUCCAGCUGCUUCCAUGCCCAUGCCGACGAGACUCCCAGCAACGCAAUAUGUAUACCCUGCGGGCUCAUACCCUGUCACUUCGGCACCGGCAUACAGCAUGCCCGCAAGCAUGCCGACAACCAUUGUGGCCAAUCCAAUGGGCAGCACACAGAUGCCACAGCCGUUGCCUGUCGAUCCCAGUGCCGUUCAGUCAGGUGUGGAAUCGAACGUAAGUGCGCCGCAGCUGGUCCAAGCAGCUCCAACUCCGACAAACACUCCGGUGAUGCAGUCAAUCGGCACGGGCAGCCCCGUGAUGCAGUCUUUGGGUGCUGCCAGCACACCUGUCAUGCAAUCCCAGUCCCCAAUGGCGCAGUCUUUCGUGGUCGUGGGGACUCCACAGGCCCAGGCCCCAAUGCUCACUUCCUUGCCAGCAGGUUCACCGGUUGCUUCGGGCUCCGCCUUUGGUGUCCCGUCGGCGCUCCCUGCCACCAAUGCCUCGAUUCCAUUGAUGGAUCCUGCGGCAGGUGCAACUCAGCCAGAGUCUGAGGUCAAGACACAAUCCAAGGAUCUCAGGAAGCCUGGCAAGAAACCGAAGAAGGGAAAGAGCAAAUUUGGCUGCUGCGGCUGCUGA